CUCCGAGACAGUUGGAGCUUCCGUCCAUUUGGGGGCGCAAUGCAAAAGGAUUCAUGGGCAGGCAUACAUAACCAGGCGCACGCGCGGGGCGGAGUUGCGCCUGCUUCUCCUCUUCGCCUUGCAGACUUCCUCAUUGCGACCUCCACGCGCUCACAAAGAGUAUAUAGGAUCUGAUUGCCUAGAUGUCUAUCACUUCCUUGGCGGCAUUCACACCUCCGCCAUCGUGCCUAGCAACAGAUGACAUUUGGGCAUUCUAUGCCGAUCCACCAGGUCGCCGCUAUUUUGUCCAAGGCGGGCCAACAAGAGCAGAAUGCUUCCCCUCAGGCUACGUGCCAACGACAACAGCAUUCUACUCGCCAGGACUUUGUCCCUCGGGGUACACUGCGGCGUCCAGCGAUGUGAACACAGCGGGCUCUGUGACAGAGACCACGCACUUCUGCUGCCCAAGUGCAAUACCAUACCAUAUCCAAACGGCAAAAGAUGACACCGCAUUGCCCUUUCUAACCACGCUCAUGUGUGAGUCAAAGUUCACGGAGACCGCAUCCUUCACCGUCACAUCGUCCCGCGCAGGAGACACACCCACUGUGGAUUUUGUUACUGUGGACGGCAUUGCCGCUUUAAACGCAUAUGGAAUCCAAGUGAGAUUCCAAGCGACUGAUUUUGCGACUUCGACGCCGACGUCCACAGCCACUUCCGAAACAAGCACCUCUUCCACCCUGCCAGCGUCUCCUCUCCCGUCUUCAUCCGGCGGCCUCAGCUUGGGCGCAAAAGUCGGCAUUGGGGUUGGUGUUAUGGGUGCUGUUCUCCUUACUGUAUUGGCGCUCACCAUUGGAUUUGUCAUUGGAAAGAGAAGGAAAAGGAGCCUACACGGUAACGGGUUUGGCAAGCUAAUAGAAAACAACGGUUCAGGGGUGCACGGCGUUAGCCUAUAUGCACGUCCGAAGACAGACGAGUCGUACGUCCCGACCGGAGGGAGGUAUGAAUUGCCGGCCAGACAAGUCGGGAUGUAUGAAUUGCCAGCCAGAUGACUCGAACGCAGCUUAUGCAUCGCCUCAGGGAUGCCGGGAG